CGGGCGGUGUUGGGCAUGGGUGUCCUCUCGCGGGCUGGCGCGGGGCCGUUGUGCGCCGCGGCGCGCGCGGGUAGGCAUCGGCGCUGCCGAGUCCAGGGCGUCUUCCUUGGAGCUCCUGUUGGGGGUUCGGGGGUUUCCCCUGGAGCCGAAGUCAUUCCUCGUUUUUGGAGAGGGAAAUGCUUCAGCUCCGGGAAAGAGCCUGCAGAAAACAGCUCGGUGACUCCGAUGCUGCGGCAUCUCAAGUACAAAAUCAAGUCUACUGGCCCCAUCACUGUGGCCGAGUACAUGAGGGAAGUCUUGACUAACCCAGCCAAGGGAUAUUAUGUGCACCGUGACAUGCUAGGAGAAAAAGGAGAUUUCAUUACUUCACCUGAAAUAAGUCAGAUCUUUGGGGAGCUACUGGGGAUAUGGUUCAUUAGUGAAUGGAUGGCCACUGGGAAAAGCUCAACUUUCCAACUGGUGGAACUGGGUCCAGGUAGAGGUACCCUAACUGGAGAUAUUUUGAGGGUGUUUAGCCAACUUGGAUCUGUGCUGAAAAACAGUGACAUUUCAGUCCAUCUCGUAGAGGUGAGCCAAAAGUUAAGUGAGAUCCAAGCGGCAACACUGACUGAAGAGAAGGUCCCAUUGGAGCGAAAUGCUGGCUCUCCAGUGUAUAUGAAAGGGAUUUCUAAGUCGGGGAUACCAAUUUCCUGGUACCGAAAUCUGCAAGAUGUUCCAAAAGGGCACAGCUUUUAUCUUGCACAUGAAUUUUUUGAUGUUCUUCCUGUGCACAAGUUUCAGAAAACACCACAGGGAUGGCGAGAAGUCUUAGUUGAUAUCGACCCCCAAGUUUCUGACAAACUGCGGUUUGUUUUGGCGCCUUGUGCCACCCCAGCAGAAGCCUUCAUACAGAGUGACGAAACAAGGGACCAUGUGGAAGUGUGUCCUGACGCAGGUGUUAUCAUUCAGGAACUUUCUCAGCGCAUCGCACAGGCUGGAGGAGCUGCACUGAUUGCUGAUUAUGGUCACGAUGGAACAAAGACAGAUACCUUCAGGGGCUUUUGUGGUCACAAGCUCCAUGAUGUCUUACUUGCUCCAGGAACGGCUGACCUAACAGCUGACGUGGACUUCAGUUAUUUGCGCAGAAUGGCACAGGGGAAAGUGGCCUCUCUGGGUCCAGUGACACAACAAAUGUUUUUAAAAAAUAUGGGUAUUGAUGUCCGGCUGAAGGUUCUUCUAGAUAAUUCAGAUGAGCCAUCUACAAGGCAGCAAUUAGUUCAGGGGUAUGAUAUGUUAAUGAACUCUAAGAAGAUGGGAGAAAGAUUUAACUUUUUCGCCUUGGUACCUCAUCAGAGACUUCCCAAUGGAAGCCAUCAGAUGAAUGCGUGUAAAUCAAAACCUCCUCCAGCACCUGUGGCUGGGUUCCAUGAACUUGCUUGGCGGUGA